AUCUCUUUGUAUGUGUGAAUGAUAAAAUCUGUAUAUCGCGGGCAGGAGGGUCGUAUUGCAUUGUUUGUCUUUAUAUUUUUCACAGCCACGCAGCCGGGGUAAGAGUUCAGUAAAUACUGAUGAUGUCAUCGUCUGAAGAUGGCUGAAGGAGAAGGCUGGUGGGGAGGCUGGCUUCAGCAGAGCUUCCAGGCCGUCAAAGAUAAGUCAUCUGAGGCCUUAGAAUUCUUAAAGCGAGACCUGACAGAGUUCUCCACUGUGGUGCAACAUGACACAACCUGCUCGAUUGUGGCCACAGCCAAUGCUGUCAGAAACAAGCUUGCAGUGGAAGGUUCCUCUGAGACCUCAGAAAAGGUGAAGAAGGGCCUCUCAAGUUUCUUAGGGGUGAUAUCAGACACGCUUGCUCCACCGCCUGAUAAAACCAUUGACUGUGAUGUCAUCACAUUGGUGGCAACACCCGCAGGAACAACGGAGGUUUACGACAGUUCUAAGGCACGUCUCUACAGUCUGCAAGCUGACCCUGCGACAUACUGCAAUGAGCCUGAUGGUCCCCUGGAGCAGUUUGAUAACUGGCUGUGCAGCUUUAACCUGGAAGAUAAGAAAGGAGAAAUCUCUGAGCUUUUGGUCAGCAGUCCCUCUAUACGAGCGCUCUACACCAAAAUGGUGCCAGCAGCUGUAGCCCAUUCAGAAUUCUGGCAGAGGUAUUUCUACAAAGUUUUCCAGUUGGACCAGGAAGAGGCCAGGAGAGUGGCAUUGAAGCAGAGGGCAGAACUGACCACACACACAGAGACUCUGGGCUGGGAGGAGGAGGAGGAGGAGGAUGACUUCCUCGGCUCCACGUCAUCAUCUCAUCUCAACUAUACACCUCAAUUGGACAACAGCUCAACCCGGCUGCCCGUGACUUUGACAGGAACAGAACUCACUCUGCUGAGCCCCGUGCUGUCUCCCAACGAGGAGCGCGACGCCACCCUCUCGGUCAGCAGCGACAGCGUCAGCCUGCCAACGCAGGUGGAAGUGAGGCCAGAGCCCGUUGCUGUGGAGCUGGCUGAGAAACUGACAGAAGCUAGCUUGGAAGAUGGUGAAGACAAGACACAAGAAGAGCAGAGACCUGGAAAGAGUGACUUACCUCUUGUUGCUCAAGUGGAAGCUGUUACCCAGCUGGAGGCAACUGUAGAGGGGGCAUCAGGGCAGGCUUCUGCCCCCACCUCUAAACCAGAAACAGUGAAGGAGGAGGGGCCGCAGGACCUGAGAGUGUUUGAGCUGAACUCAGACAGUGGGAAAUCUACACCUUCUAACAAUGGAAAGAAAGGGUCCAGCACUGAUGUGAGUGAGGACUGGGAGAAAGACUUUGACCUGGACAUGACAGAGGAGGAGGUACAGAUGGCUCUCUCUAAAAUAGAAGCUUCUGGAGAGGUGGAUGAAGACUGGGAGAACUGGGACUGAGAGCCGCCGCAACAUGAACUCUGUGCCGCCAUUAAAGCUAGUUCUCUGCAGACGAACCAUGCUUAACGUGUUUUAACUCUUUGUCCACACUGUCACCAUGUCAUGAUUGUCAGUAGAGGAUUUUCCGGCGGGUUUGGACCACAGUGGUGAACCUGUUGAACAGAGCAACGGUAAGACCAAGGCAAUAAGAAUUCAACUGCUUUGUCAGUUUAGUGCAGAUAGGCCACUCGAGAGGGUAAUGACUCAGGUCUUGGCUAUUUCUUGGCGUAACGUCUGACUUAGAGAGUGUGCAACACUUGUAAUAGAUAGAAGUUGCAAUCCUUCUGACCUUUAAAUCUUAAGGACAAUGUGACGAGUCAGAAUGUGACAGAAGGAGCUGUUUCCCUUUUUUCUUUCUGCCAUUAAAUACAUCAUGUACGUUGCAAGUGUGUUUUAAGUUGGGCAAAGACUUAAAUGCAGGCUGUAACAUAGCCAUAAACUGUAAUGCUGCUUGUCACCUUUCUGAGAUUAAAUACUCUGCGAGGGAUAUGUAAAUGGUGAUGAUCGAUUCAUUAAAUACUCUUUGAGGGAUAUGUAAAUGGUGAUGAUCGGUUCAUUUAAUUCUACCUAUGUUUCUUUCUUUCUGUCUUUCUGUCUCUCUCUCUCUCUCUCUCUCUCUCUCUCUCUCUCUCUCUCUCUCUCUCUCUCUCUCUCUCUCUCUCUCUCUAUUAUGCAAGUGAAUCUUCAAAAUGUGAAAAUACUUAAAAUACUUUGGCCUUCAUCCAUAGAGCACCUUUCAUUUUGGAUUCACUCCCAACUCUAAACAUAUGGCCUUGUAAAACACACAUUGGUGUGAUGAUACUCUUCAAAUGUUUUUGUUACAAGUCAGUCAUCUGAAAGUCUCAGUUUCAGUUCUUUUGCCCCUCUGUCAUGUUGUGAUUCAUUUGAGUGUAUGAGCUUCAUGUCACUUUCUGUCAGUUUCAAGUGUUUCACUUCUUUGAGUUGUUUAUCAUUUUGUAUUAUUUGGUUAGAGGAAAUUCAUUAAUGUCACUCAUUAAGAUAUUAAAGAGAAUUCAAACCGG